AUGCAGAAGACUCUCCCUCCCAAAUUCAAAGAUCCAGGGAGUUUCACCAUCUCGUGCACCAUUAGGAAUCAUGAUAUAGGAAAAGCUCUUGUUGAUUUAGGGGCUAGCAUCAAUUUGAUGCCCUUAUUUAUGGUCAAGAAGAUUGGUGGUCUGGAGGUCAAACCCACAAGAAUGAUCUUCCAAAUGGCAGACAAGUCUAUCAAGCAUCCUUAUGGUGUGGUGGAAGAUGUUGUGAUCCAGAUUGAUAAACUCCAAUUCCCAGUUGAUUUAGUGGUGAUGGAGAUGGGAGAAGAUGUAGAUAUCCCUCUUAUUAUUGGAAGACCAUUCAUAAAGACAACCAAGGUUGUAAUUCAUGUAGAUGAUGGAGUUUUAAUGUUGAAGGAUCAAGAUGAAGAGGGUGACUUUUAA